UAAAGAGCAAUCAGUACCACGAAACAUGUUGAUGUGUAAUCAUCAUUUCAGACCAAUCAUAUUAUAAGAAUUUUACAAGUUUUGUUUGCACUUUUCAAGAAAUUUAAUUAAAUUCUUUUAAAUAAUUCUAUUUAAUUACUUCUCUUAAAUUUGACGAUUGCUGGUAAAGUAAAAGCAAACCUACUACAAGUGACAAGUAAUUUCUUCUGCAAAUGAUUUCUAUACAAUCUCAUAAUCAAGUGUUGUAUCACUUGACUCAGUUGCUGUCAGCAUGCACUCCAAAAACUCCAAAUUAUACUCGAUUGAAAAAAAGACAAAUAACGACAAAAAAAAAUUGUCAAAUUUUAUGUCAAGAAAGUUUUAAUGAGACAGUAAAAAAUUUAUCUGAAUUAUCAUGGCCAAAUUUAACCACGAACGAAUUAUGUAUAUUGGAGCAAAAAUUAACAAAAAGGAAUAUUCGUUCGAUUGUAAAUAAAUUAAACAUACUUGAUAAAAAUUUAAAUAGAUUAACUUAUGAUGAUAAUAACUGGAGAGUGUCUUACGUAUCUAAAUCAAAUUUUUUCGAGAAUCAAAGAGCUUUUAGUUGCUCGCCUUACUCAUCAUCAUCAUCAAUGUACACAAUUUUAAACACAUCAAAUAAUGAUAUUAUGUAUUCAUCUACCCGUCCAGGCCGACUUAUUGCACCAAUUUCUUCAAGUGAUAUUUCAAUGCGAGCAUUUAAAACCAAUCGGAAUGUCAAAGCAGAAAAUGAAAGAAACCCACCACUUAGUGGUCGAUUUAAAUCUUGGCUUGGACUUUCAAAAUUUAGCGAAGAAAAACCGAAAAUACUUCUCGACCGAAUGGACGUAGGAUCCUUGAAAAAUCUUUUUAAUGAUACUGAACUUUCAGAAACGGAUAAGCAACGAGUCAAAGUAGCUUUUGCGGAAGGUUACAUUGCAGGUCAUGAUCGCAAAACAUCUCGUGUUUAUAAAUGGUUUCGUUCUUUAAUACAAUUAGCACUUACUCUUGGUACAAUCUCAGUCAUCAUUAUAAUUCUGGGUGUGUAUAGAUCUAAUUUAAAUGGAGGUAUGUUCAGAAUUCCAUUGGCAAAUCAUUCAGCAAUAGAUCCUGAAGAUAUUCAUGUGACCUUUGAUGAUGUAAAAGGAGUUGAUGAAGCUAAACAAGAACUAAAAGAUGUUGUAGAAUUUUUAAAAAAUCCCGAUAAAUUUUGUGCUCUCGGUGGAAAAUUACCAAAAGGAGUUUUACUAGUGGGUCCUCCUGGAACUGGAAAAACCCUUUUAGCUCGUGCGGUAGCAGGAGAAGCUCGAGUACCAUUUUUCCAUGCUGCUGGACCAGAAUUUGAUGAAGUUCUUGUGGGUCAAGGAGCUCGAAGAGUUCGUGAUUUAUUCAAAGCGGCAAAAGAACGUGCUCCUUGCGUAGUUUUUAUUGAUGAAAUUGAUUCGGUUGGAAGUAAGCGUACAACAUCACUUAUUCAUCCUUAUGCUAAUCAAACGGUUAAUCAGUUAUUGUCGGAAAUGGAUGGAUUUCAUUCAAAUGAAGGUGUAAUUGUUUUGGGUGCGACAAAUCGUCGUGAUGAUUUAGAUCAAGCAUUAAGACGUCCGGGGCGUUUUGAUGUUGAAGUUUUUGUUCAUAAACCAGACCUAAAAGGACGAAAAGAAAUUUUACAACUUUAUUUAUCUAAAAUAUUAGCCAAAAAUUUAGAUAUAGAAAGUUUAGCACGAAAAACAGCAGGUUUUACCGGGGCAGACAUUGAAGCAAUGGUAAAUCAAGCAGCUCUUCGUGCAGCAAUUAAUGGAGCUGAAUAUGUUAACAUGGAAUGCUUGGAUGCUGCACGAGAAAAAAUUAUAAUGGGACCAGAACUUAGAGGUCGAAUACCAGACAGUGAAGAAAAUCGCAUUACUGCUUAUCAUGAAGCAGGACACGCAUUAGUAACUUAUUUUUCUAAAGAAACUUCUAUGCAUCUGUCUAAAGUCACAAUUAUUCCACGAGCUGGAAGUUUUGGACACACUACUUAUUUGCCGAAAAAAGAUCACCAUCAUCAAACAAAAGCACAGCUUCUAGCCUUAUUAGAUUCUCUGCUUGGAGGUCGAGCUGCUGAAGAAAUAAUUUUCGGACCUGAUAAAGUCACUGUUGGAGCUGCUAAUGAUUUUCAAAAAGCUACUGAAAUCGCCGAAGCAAUGGUUAAAACUUACGGUAUGUCAGAAAAAGUCGGAUUCAGAUCAGAUACAAGAUCAAGUAGAGAAGAAAGCUUACAAUAUAGUCCUUCUACUACAGAACUUAUCGAUGCCGAAAUUAAACGUCUUCUUCAAGAAGCAUUUGAACGAGCAAAAACAAUUUUAAAAACUCAUUCUAAAGAACACAAGCUUCUUGCCGAAGCAUUAUUAAAAUAUGAAACCCUGGACGUAGAUGAAGUAAAAACCAUUUUAAGUGAUAAAAAAGUUGAAUCUAUUAGUGAUAAAAGAUCGCCUAUUAUAGAUAUACCAACGAAUGUUAUGUAAGAUUGUUUCUAAAUAAUAAAGACUGAAGUGCUUAAA